AUGGCAUCACAAUGGGUGUCAAAUUACUAUUUUGAAGAUGACGAGGAUGAACCAAUUUCAUUUUCUGUUUUGCCAAUUCAAUGGAGAGAGGGGGACAUUCAAGAUUGCGUCAAAGAACAGAUAUUCCUGCAUGGAGUGACUGACAAUGGGCUUCGAAAAAUAUGUAAGCAUGUGGUUGCAUGGAGAAAAAUCCUGAAAUCUUUGUGGGAUCACUUGUCUAAAGUCUUCAGCUUUAAUGAGGUCAGACCUUCUCAGAAUGAUCUGGUGGACCACAUGCCUCUCAUCAGUGAAGCUGUUAAUAGGGAUGACACCUUAGCAAAGUCCAAGUUUUUAUACACAUUUCUCGAGGAGAAGCCCGGGAAAAGGAAACUAUCUGAUGAGGAUUGUAAAAAUACAGCAAUGUCUGGAUUUAUAGUUUAUGACUUGGAUGAAGAAGAAGAAGACGAGUCCAAUAAAGUUAAGGGCGUAUAUGAUCAUGUUUGUGCAUUUUGUGACAAUGGUGGCAAUAUUUUAAGUUAUGAGGGAAGGUGCAUCAGGUCAUUUCAUGCAACUAAAGAGGCUGGUGCGGAAUCUAAUUGUGUUUCUUUGGGUUUUGCUUCAAAAAAAGUAGAUGUAUGGUGCUGGUUCAUAUCUACUUUGAAAUAUCUAUCUCGUUUGUACCUUUUUAGUAUCACCAUUUAUUUAUUUUCUUUUUAA